AUGGGCGCCAACCUCUCCGACCUCAAACCAGUCGACACCUCCAAGGUGGUCCUCAGCCCCGGCGACUUCGACACUCUCGCCAUCCGCCUACCCAUCCUCUGGGGCGGCGCCGUCUACGUCAUGUUCAUGAUCAUGUCGACGUGCAUGCUUGCCGAUCGGUGGAGGGGACCACGCGGGGAUAGGAGGCUCAGCGCCGCGAGUGUGAUUGCCGCCGUGGUGAUGAGUAGUGCGUGGCCGCUUGUGUUGGUGUAUUUGAUGGUUAGUGGGUAG